CUGACAGCGCGGCAAGGAGGCUCGAGGUGACCCGGGCCUCCCAGGAGGGCGAGCAGCAUGGUGCAAAGAGAGGAAAUGCCGAGGGGGUGAUUUCACAGAAAGCCUCAUGGCAAUUCCUGCGAGGAGCUCAGAUUAAAAUCUGCUCCAGGCAAAGCGUGACAAAGUCCUUCUCUGGAUGUGUAUUACUUUGCUGCUUGAGUACUGCAUAGGUCACCGGGUCAAAAUUUUUACUCUCCACAGGCUCUUUAUUGGUCUUGCUGUUGCUCUGAUCUUCCCUUUCCUCAUAGCAGAAGGUCUAUGUCAAAUCCACCAUUUUUCUGCCCUGUUUUCUUAUGCUUAAAACAAGCUUAUUGAUGUUGCAUCAUCUCAUCUCAGCUGGUGACAGCUGCUGUUAUUGUUUGCAGCACGUUACUGGCGCAGUGGAGGCUGGCUCUGAGCUGGCUGGUCAGGGCAUUGCUGCCUGCACAACUUGAGGUCAAGAAGAGAGUCUGAUGUCCUGUUACUGUUCUUCCUAGAGAGAAGUAACCUGGCAGGGGUGCGGCACAUCCUCCUGGUGCUCUCGGGGAAGGGCGGCGUGGGGAAGAGCACCAUCGCCACCGAGCUGGCUUUGUCUCUGCGCCACUCUGGGAAAAAGGUGGGGAUCCUGGAUGUGGACCUGUGUGGCCCCAGCAUACCCCGCAUGUUCAAGGUCCAGGACAAUGACGUGCACCAAUGCGACAGCGGCUGGGUGCCAGUCUUCGUGGACCAAGACAAGAGCAUCUCACUGAUGUCCAUCGGCUUCCUGCUGGAGAAGCCAGAUGAUGCUGUGGUGUGGAGAGGACCCAAGAAAAAUGCUUUGAUAAAACAAUUUGUUGCUGAUGUGGCCUGGGGGGAACUGGACUUUCUCAUUGUGGACACUCCUCCGGGCACAUCUGAUGAGCACAUCUCCACAGUGGAGGCCUUGCGGCCGUACAAGCCUCUUGGAGCAAUCCUAGUCACGACACCUCAGGCAGUGUCUGUGGGGGAUGUGAGGCGAGAGCUGACGUUCUGUAAAAAGACCGGUUUGCGAGUUCUUGGGAUCGUGGAGAACAUGAGUGGCUUUGUCUGCCCGCACUGUUCGGAGUGCACAAACAUCUUUUCCAAAGGGGGAGGUGAAGAAUUGGCCAAGCAUGCUGGGGUCCCUUUCCUUGGCUCUGUGCCCCUGGACCCCCAGCUCAGCCAGAGCUUGGAGGAAGGCAGAGACUUCAUCCAAGAGUUUCCCAAGAGCUCUGCCUUCCCUGCCCUCACUCACAUUGCCCAGCAGAUCUUGGAUGGGACGUCCCCACAGAGCUCCUGAAGGUGGUAUUGAGGUGGACUCUUGCUGGCUGAGGUCCCUGCCUAACAACACCAUCAGCAGUCCUUGCUGGUGGGGAAGGGGGGACGUGGAAGCUGUUUCUCUAUGGCACUGCUGCAGUGGAGGGAGGGGGGGGAGCACCGCACUAGUGCCACUUGUGGAGAUCCGAAAAGGGAAGUGCUGCUCCAUCCCCGCUCUGAAUUUGAAGAGGCCCCAUGGGUGUGUCUGCUCAUGCAAGGGACGCACGUCUGCAGCCUCGUUCUUGCCUUCUAAACGGACAAGUAUUCCGCCCGGAUGGGUACAGCUGUUCCUAGCCCCGCACACACCGUGCUUUCCUCUGCGAGUCGGUCCGUUGCACAGGUACUUGUGGAGAUCCAGAUUGUUUCCACAAGGUUUCAUAUGCUGUGGUGUUUUUGACAGUGACUGAAUGCAACUAGCAGCUAUGGGGCUCAUACCGUUGACUGACACAGUUGUUCCCUGACUAAACCCAAAUGGCACAAAUAGUCUGUAUCUCGCCUCUGCACACUGCUGCCUUCUCUCCUGUUGCUUUCACUGCAUGAUAGAUUAUAUGGUACUUGUGGUUCAGUGGCUGGUGAGUUUGUGCCAGGUGCUCUGAUCUGGAUCUGAGCCAAACCACCUCACUCUGAAAUGUAAGAUCAUUGGUACAGAAUAUCUCUCUGAGGGCAUGGCAUGUGCUUCAUGUGAGGAAAUGUCUUUAGGUGAUCUACAGUCUGUCUGACAUCCUACCCUACUGAAAGAGGCCGUUUCUUGGCCUGCUGGGGCUUGUCAUAACUCAGGAAUAUUUCUCAAGGUUCCAGACAGUAAACACUUUUUCUUAAAAUCA